AUGACAGCUGGAGCUUGUUACUGGAGCGGUAACGGCUCUUACUGCUGCCCUUGCCGUGGUCAAGGACAGCCCAAUGUGGCCGAAUCUUCGUCAACCUCUUGUCUGGAGUGCGGACAUCCAAUCAGAAAUCAUUUUAGAAUUGGGGUACAUUCAAGUGAUCCUAGUGUGUUCAUACCACGACACAAAACCGUGAGAAAGCUUGCCAGUCGCAUCCAUGAACAAAGAGUGGUCCUUGCUCGUGGGAUCCCCGCAUCAGGGAAAACCUUUCUCGCUCGAUCUCUUCAUACCUACCUCCGUGGACAGGGAGUCAAGUCGAUCUACAUCAAAAGCUUCCCCCUUAGUUUAGAGGGUGGCCCCUCCGCGUUGGAUUAUCUGGUCGAAGCCUGUCACAUGCAAGGUUUUCCGACAUUUGCCCGCUGCCUUCUGCGCGACAACUUUGUGUUUCUCAUCGACGAUGCACACACGACCUACAACAACUCCGAGUUAUGGUUAAUGCUGAGUUCGGCGAACCAAGAUUGCCUCUCGAACGUACCAGGUUCUAGUUUCUGUAUGUUCAGUGCAUUCGGUACUCCUGAUAGGGGUGUUAUGCCACAUAACAUGGGGAGUGACUUGCUGGUAUUCAACAAGCGUCAACGCCUCUUAUUGAAAGAGAAGUUCGACGAGGAUAUUUCAGUUUUCUACACCCGAGAAGAGUUCGAUCUCCACAUGGAAAUGCAUCUCCAGGCUCGAGGUGCCGAUUACGAAAUCGACGAUAUUUUGAAAGAUAUCAUCAAUGGCUUAACUGCAGGCCAGCCUAAAUUGGUGGAUGCAUUCAUGAUUCUCUGCGACAUGUGGUAUGAAGGCUUUUUCAAGGAUGACGAACUCGAUGAAAUAAACCACGAUGACCGCGAAAUUACUCGAUUCUUUGAAGUUCGUGGCCUCCUGGAAGGAAGUAUCGCGGUGAUCUUAGAUUUCGCGGGUCUUCCGCUUUCACCCAUCACCUUCUUCCCUCCUGAACGGGAGUUUGAAGUUCUUCGCCAGGCUCAGCAAGCCUAUCAGCAAACCCUUGGCGAAGGCUUGUUGUUCAACCCACACAGUGAAGCUAUGCUGUCAUGCCUCACCAAAGGCUGGCUGCACCUGGAAGAGACCGGAGAAGGAGAGUUUAAAUGUUACUUUCCAACCCUGUUUCACAACAGGCUCGUGGAGUACCUCGCGGGAGUUCAGGAUCUUCGAUAUCCCACUCCGCCUACACUGAACAGAGAGGAACUUGAGUUGAUGUUGGGCAUGCGAAACAUGACGAUUUCCUAA